AUGAAGUGGCUGCUGCUGCUGAGCCUGGUGGCGCUCUCUGAGUGCCUGCACAAGGUCCCCCUGGUCAAGAAGAAGACCUUGAGGCAGAAACUGAUCGAGAAUGGCCUCCUGGACAAAUUCCUCAAGACCCACAGCAUCAACCCGGCCAGCAAGUACUUCCCCGAGCUGGCCUCCUCCUCCGACGCCGAGCCCAUGACCAACUACAUGGAUACUUCAUACUUCGGCACCAUCGGCAUUGGAACCCCUGCCCAGGAGUUCACCGUCAUCUUUGACACCGGUUCCUCCAACCUGUGGGUGCCCUCCGUCUACUGCUCCAGUCCUGCCUGCACCAACCACAAGCGCUUCAACCCUGCGAAGUCCUCCACCUACAAGGCCACCAGCCAGACCCUGUCCAUCGCCUAUGGCACCGGCAGCAUGACUGGCAUUCUCGGAUACGACACCGUCCAGGUCGCCGGCAUCACCGACACCAACCAGAUCUUCGGCCUGAGCCAGACUGAGCCCGGCUCCUUCCUGUACUACUGCGCCUUCGACGGCAUCCUGGGUCUGGCCUACCCCAGCAUCUCCUCCUCCGGAGCCACCCCCGUCUUUGAUAACAUGUGGAAUCAGGGCCUGGUUCCCCAAGACCUGUUCUCUGUCUACCUGAGCCCCAACGAGGAGAGCGGCAGCGUGGUGAUAUUCGGCGGCAUCGAUUCCUCUUACUACACCGGAAGCCUGAACUGGAUUCCCCUGUCCUCCGAGACUUACUGGCAGAUCACCGUGGACAGCGUCACCAUGAACGGACAGUCUGUUGCUUGCAAUGGCGGCUGCCAGGCCAUCGUGGACACCGGCACCUCUCUGCUGUCUGGCCCCACCAACGCCAUCAGCAACAUCCAGAACCUUAUUGGAGCCACCAAUACAAACGGCAUGAUGCUGGUCAGCUGCUCAUCCAUCAACAGCCUGCCUGACAUCGUCUUCACCAUCAACGGCGUCCAGUACCCUGUCCCCCCCAGCGCCUACAUCAUUCAGAGCGAGGGAGGCUGCUCCAGCGGGCUGCAGGGCAUGAACGUUCCCACCGCCUCUGGCGAGCUCUGGAUCCUGGGCGACGUCUUCAUCCGCCAGUACUACGCCGUCUUCGACAGGGCCAACAACCAGGUUGGCCUGGCCCCCGUGGCCUAA